AUGAAGUUAAUAUUGAGCAUAAUGGUGCUUUAUGGAUUAAUAGCCAUCCAUCUCGCAGCGCCGCUUGACGAUUCUGCACACGCGCGCAUUCUGUUUUACGAUAAUGACAACAUUGGUCUUGAUGGAUAUGAUUUUAGCUUUGAGACCAGUGAUGGUAUUAAACGCGAUGAAAGUGCGGAACUGGUGGACACGGGCACAGGGGAAAAAAUAUGGAGAGUAGAGGGUUAUUACAGUUGGACAGCACCCGAUGGAAAACAGUACAGAGUGGAUUUCGUUGCCGAUGAGAACGGCUACAGGCCAACGGGUGCUCAUUUGCCAUAA